GCUUGCUUCCUGCUUGGUUUCUGCACCGGAGCGCAGUUGAGCACGGGAAAAUAGCUCCGGUUAAAGCUUCUUAAGUCUAAUUCUUACAAGUCACGUUUCCCAGAGCAAUGCGCAGAAAAUCCAGGAUUCUAUUGUGUUUUGCUGUUUUGUGGGUUCUAGGAAUUGCUUAUUACUUUUAUUCUGGAACAACACUGAACAGAAAGGAAGAGUGGAACAGCAGUGAGACAUUAAAACGAAAAGACACACACAUUGGAAAUGCUGAGGAGAAAUCUCACAGUUUGGAAACACUGCCUCCUGGAAAAAUGAGGUGGCAGGACUUUGAUCAAGAUCAGUAUGUUAGUGCUACUGUAGUAAAACCUGGCCAAGAUCCUUAUGCACGUAAUAAAUUUAACCAGCUUGAAAGUGACAAACUGCGAAUGGACAGGACUGUACCUGACACAAGACAUGAUCAUUGUCGAAGGAAACAGUGGCAUACAGACGUACCAGCUACUAGUGUGGUCAUCACAUUCCACAAUGAAGCACGAUCUGCAUUAUUGCGCACAGUUGUUAGUGUUUUAAAGAAAAGCCCUGCGCAUUUGGUGAAAGAAAUUAUUCUAGUUGAUGACUACAGUGACAACCCUGAAGACGGAGCUUUACUGGCAAGGAUCGAGAAAGUGCGGAUUCUUAGGAAUGAUCGCAGAGAAGGUUUGAUGCGAUCAAGAGUAAGAGGUGCUGAUGCUGCUCAGGCAAAAGUUUUGACAUUUCUGGACAGUCAUUGUGAAUGUAAUGAACAUUGGCUGGAGCCAUUGCUUGAACGAGUAGCAGAGGAUAAAACAAGAGUUGUAUCUCCUAUUAUUGAUGUUAUAAAUAUGGAUAACUUCCAGUAUGUUGGAGCCUCUGCAGACCUGAAAGGCGGAUUUGACUGGAAUCUUGUGUUUAAGUGGGACUAUAUGACUCCAGAACAAAGAAGAGCACGACAAGGAAAUCCUACAGCUCCAAUAAAGACACCAAUGAUUGCUGGAGGUCUUUUUGUUAUGGACAAGGAGUACUUUGAAGAAUUAGGAAAGUAUGAUAUGAUGAUGGAUGUCUGGGGAGGUGAAAAUCUGGAAAUAUCAUUCCGUGUUUGGCAGUGUGGUGGAAGUCUGGAAAUCAUCCCUUGUAGUCGUGUUGGACAUGUUUUCCGCAAACAGCAUCCAUAUACCUUUCCUGGAGGCAGUGGAACAGUAUUUGCAAGAAAUACACGAAGGGCAGCUGAAGUUUGGAUGGAUGAAUUCAAAAAUUUUUACUAUGCAGCUGUCCCAUCAGCACGAAAUGUUCCUUAUGGCAAUAUUCAAAGUAGGCUAGAAAUGAAGAAGAGGCUUGGCUGCAAACCAUUUAAAUGGUAUCUCGAAAAUGUCUAUCCUGAACUCAGGGUUCCUGAUCAUCAAGAUAUAGCCUUUGGUGCUCUGCAGCAAGGUAGCAAUUGUUUGGAUACUCUGGGCCAUUUUGCUGAUGGUGUUGUCGGCGUUUAUGAAUGUCACAAUGCUGGUGGAAACCAGGAGUGGGCUUUGACGAAGGAUAAAUCAGUGAAACAUAUGGAUCUUUGUUUGACUGUUGUAGACCGAGCAGCUGGCUCUCAAAUUAAACUCCAAGGAUGCCGUGAAAAUGACAGCAGACAAAAAUGGGAGCAGACUGAAAAUAAUUCUAAACUGAGACACGUGGGAAGCAACCUUUGUUUAGACAGCAGAAAUGCUCGAAAUGGAGGCCUCACUGUGGAAGUCUGCAGCCCGUCUUUAUCACAACAGUGGAAAUUCACAUUGAAUUUACAGCAGUAAAUAUAGGGGAAAGAAAGAACUGAAUCAGUAAAAUCCAGCACAUACUAAAGACAGAUAUGAGGAUGUUUUUUAAGAAGGUGACUACCAUCUAACUAUAUACCUCAGUGUUCCAUCUUGGUCCAGUUUGGAAGUAAGAAUAUGUAGUGAUAAUAUUUCAGUGGAAUGAAAUACUUGGUUUAUUUCACUGGUUUCCUGCGCAUUCCUUAUGGAUACAUUUUCUUCUUGUAGAAUGUACAAACAUUGUAUUCCUGGGUCUCUUUCAUGUGACCAGUUCCACUGCUGUGGUUAUAUUUGUGUUGUACAUGAACAUGGUACACUCGUGCAAAGAGUAAACAAUGCAAAACAAUCAUUUGGCACAUUCAUUUUGCAAAAGAACACAUGUAUUUCACGCUGUUUUUCGACCUGCUGGACUUGAUCUUGCUAUAUUUUCCACAAUACACACCUGAAACCAUCUUUUUUUUUCCUAAAUCAUAUGUAUUGAACUGUAUUAGCUCUAAAAACUAUGUUCAUAUGAGUUGAAAACCUCAGACACCAAAAUGGAACAGCUUUAAAGGCAAGGACUGAUGCUGCUGGACCUCAAAGAUCUUUAGCACUGAGUGGUAAAGGUUUUCAAUAUUUAACCAGUCCUUUUGCCCUUUAUGGUUACUUGUAUUAUAUUUUUUUUUUGUUUUUUUAUUUUAGUAUGAAAAUCGAGAAACACUAGAAGUGUUAUCUGCCAUAAAGUCAUUCCUUUUUUCAUAUCCACAAAUGAGUUGGUUUUCAUUCAUAUAUAUUAAGAGUAAAAGGAACAUUUAGGUACUGUACUUUAAGUUGUGCAUUAAGUGGAAAAAUCUCUCCUUUUGAAAGACACAAAAUUAAAAUAAGCCUGGCAUGGAUCUAAAGGCAAAGUAGAAAUUUUCACUGUUUAUCAGAUUAUCUGUUGACUACUGGGGAAAAGAUGUACUGCAUAUUUGUCUCAUUACCUUUUUUAUCUGACUAUCUGUGGAAGUGACAAGGGUAGUGUGUGAACAAAAUCUACAGUAGUUAUCUUAACUUGGGAUUGCUAACUCCUCUUUGAUAAUUACAGAGGCUACUGGAGAGAUUCUGCAAUUUUAAAGUCACACAAGUUGGUGGACUUGCCUUUACAGGCUGUUUUCUUCCAAACAGGUUUAGAAAUGGUUCACCCAUUGCGAUAACAUAAAAGGGAUUACAUUACAGUUGCAGAACUUUAUCAAGAAUAGAUUUAUUUAUGAUGAGACACACAUGAAUUCAGAACUGAAUAAAGAAGGAGCUCUUCAUUUACUUGCUUUGGAAGGAAGGGAAAAGUGUUAGGUUAACUUUGAAAUCCACCUAUUAUUUCCAAGUUUUGAAUUGAAUUAAUCCUAUAUCAGCAACAUAAAGUUACCUAUACAAUGUCAACAUAGUUUCAUAAAAUUUAAUAAUAGGGAUGUAUUCUGAUAACUUAUUUUUUAAGUUAUAUAAAAAUAAUUUUUAAUUGGAUGAAUUAUUUUCAAAGCACAGAGUGCCAAAGUUAUUUACUAUUAUUAUAUUUACAAUGACAAUGCAUUUCUACUUGCUGUAUGAAGAUAUACUCACAAUAAUGUAAAAAAAGUCCCUUUUGUCUUAAAUAAAAAAAUGUUCAUUUUCAAUACUUUUUAGUUUUUUUGCAAAGGUACAUCAAAGCAAAUUAUGCUAAGAACUCUAGUGAGAUAGUUCUUUCAGGGGAAGAGAAUAGCAGAAACAAUGAUGGCAACCAUUUAUAUACAGCAAUGCAAGUUCAUUGUAAAUGAGUCUACUGUAUAAAAAAAAAAAAAAAAA